AGAGAGAGAGAGAGAGCUAGAGAGAGAGCGAGUGAAAUAGAGCUAGCUGGAGUACGUAGCUAAUUGUGCAGUGGUUGAGAUGGGUGGAGGGAAGGUGUCGUCGGCGCUGGCCUCGCUGUUCGGGUUCAAGAGCGGCGCCGGCGAGAGGCAGCAGGCGGCGGCCGGCGGAAUGAAGCAGCAGCAGCAGCAGAGGUCGUGCUACUACCAGGAGCGGGGGAGGAGGGUGUGGCCGAGCGACGACGACGACGGCGACUACUACGCCGAGCGCGACAUCGACCGGAGGGCUUCCGAGUUCAUCGACAAGGUGCAUCGCGGGAUGAUCGCUACCGGCAGCGACGACCAAGAUGGGUGAUCAAUUAGUGUGUGUCUAGCCUUGCUUGCAGAGAGUUACAGCUUGCUUGCUAGAUCAUUAAUUCAUGGGUUGCCGGCAUUGGUUGUUGUUGCAUCAUUGAAUGGAUUGGCUAUAAUUGCUGUGUAGUGUUUAUGCGCUAUUUACUUAUAAUUUGGUUGUCUGUUACAUAAGUACAGUAAGUGAUGUAAUUGGACUGUAAAAAUUAUAUGUCAUAUUUAUGUUUAUGUUGAGAUGAGGAAAAAGAAAAAGA